AUCUGAUCUGUGGCAGGGUAUUGUCCUUGCUAACGUUACCCGAUCAUAGUAGAUUCAAUAUCUAUCGAAAGCAAUGACAGGAAUACGAAUCAAUGGACGCAAGCGACGUGCGGAUGCGAGAUUGCUUCCCAACCGCCGGACACCGCAGCCACUCACUACAGCGUGCCUGCAAGGAGCUGCACGAAUCAAAGCACGAAGUGCCUUCAGAGGCGGACCCGCGGGCGACUUGGUUGCUGUGCAUAUAUAUCACCUGCAUGCAGACCGAAAUGCUCAUUUUCACCGGCCGCCGCUUCCUGCGUGGACAGCUGGCAGUGCGUAAUUGGAACGCCUACCAUCCGGUGCAUGGUUAACCUGCGUUUCCCUUUUCCCGCCCUCCCAGCCUCAUGAUUUCUUUUCGCAGAAUUAACGAGGACUUUUGGCAAAAUCAAUCCCAGAAAACGAGGCAGAAGGGGAAAUAUCAUUGUAAAAUGAGAUCCAACAAUACAUUACCGAGAAUACCAUCCAAACAGCGACUCUGUUUUGCGGGUUACCUGCGAUUGCUGCCCCGCGGCCGUCGCCGGCUUCUUCCUAGCAGCAGCAGGCACAUGUGCCUAAUGUUGUGACACACACCAAUAAAUGAUGGUGGCCGUGGGAAAACUAGCAGAUAUCUGACUGUUUUUUCUUUCUUUUCCUUUUACAAAAAAAGAAUGUCUCUUGCUUACGGCCCCUAGCUGCAGCUGUUCAAACAGCCACGAAUCCCAUUGUGGCUGGCAAUUUAUCCGCCCAUUUUCAGAGUGCGAGUGCAACUGGAGCUGGGCUGAUGACUGUAGCCACAAGCAUCCAAGCUUCUGGGCCUGCAGUUGCUGCAAGGUCUGUUUAUACGCUUCUUUAGAACAUGAUGGGUGGUGUAUGGAGACAGGAAUUGAAUUUGGAAGUUUUUUGUAUCAAACGGAGGUUGCAAAACGAUGGACGACUAGCUCAAAUAUGCCCAUAGCAAAGAGUACCAGCCUCGUCUAUAAUACCAAAGAAAUCGCAUUAGCUAAUGUCUAUCCAUAUAUAUGUCUCCUGUGUAUAACGCUGUGAGGCUUUCUAUAUCCCUCCCCGAGUCGUUCAUCCAGAGACGAGCUCAUCUCUUGAUGCAAUCUCCUGCUUUGUCUGUUGCCCGACCUCUGUCUCCUUCUUGGCUUUGACCUGUCCAUCCCCGUU